UACAGUGAUGAGUUUCAGUGUGAGGUCGUGAGGAUCUUGAACGGAUUUGGGAAUUUGAACGGAUUGAGUGAACAGUCGAAUCGUUUCAAUUAAUUUUUUUGCAAGGAGAUAUAUCGAAAGUAUCUUGGAAAAGUUUUGUAUGUUUACUUGGAAUUUGUCUCGCGAAUGCAGGAGCCAGAAAUGCGCCUGGAAAAUGAAAACAAACGAAGUUACUUGGUAACAUUUUCAGGCUGAAAGCCAGUUGUUCAUGGAGUAGCGACCAAGCUUUGGGAAUCAUGAGCGCAGGUGUGAAGAAGCCGCCGGUGGCGCCCAAACCCAAGAUCGCUCAGCCGCAGAAGCCGGCGCCCCCGCCCGUCGCCCCGAAACCCGACGUGGCCCCUUCCUGCCCUUCCCCGGCGGCGCUGAAGAAAGCCAAACCGGCCGUCGCCCCCAAGCCGUGCCUCCCGAAGACCCCCUCCGGUCCGGAACCCGGGCCCGCGACCCCGAAGGGCGGGCCUCGAACCUGCGCCCGGGAGAGGAGCCGCAGCUCGGAGAAGCUGGGCGCGCUGAACUCCAGGAACGGGCUGCAGGCGGAGCUCGGCAAGGCCGACUCGGAUUACAUCAUACCGACCUGCGACUGCGGCCGGCGCGCCUGCGCCCACUGCCGACCGGCGGACGGCCGGGAGACCGCGCGGAUCGUCGUCGAGCCGCUGGAGAACCUGCAGAACGGCGGCGGCGUGGACGGGUUUGGGUCGCGGGUCUCGCCGGUUCCCAGGGCUCGAGGGAAGACGGGCAAGAGCCAGGUGGUCAACGCCAGCUUUCUGGAGCAGAAGCUGAAGGAUGUUUGGGUCCAGGCCGUGUCCGCGAACAACUGCCACGCGAAGCACCGGCCCCAGGAGAAGACCCCCGUGCAGAACGGGAGGGCUGGGGCGGUGGAUCGGAACCUGAACCCUGUUCGAAGCGCGGGUGGUUCCGGCGGGUCGCAGUCGCGUCCCGAAAGGUCACGGAGCGACGAGGACAACGGCAACUUUGCCGUCCCUGGUGUCGGUCGAACGGAGGACGUCUCUGGGCCGGCAGAGGUGUCCGUGGACUCCCCAGAGGAAGACGGGGAGGAGGGGCAGUUUGCCGGGUCGCACCCUGCGUUCCGAGUCCCGGCAGCCCCCAGGAAGCCUCUCCCCGUUCCCGCACCACGGAAACCGCGGAAGGCGGCCCUCGUGAGGCAGGACGGCAUGGAGGACGCGCAGGAGGUGGCGGUGCAGGCCGAGGAAAAGGUCCAAGGCCCGUCGGUCGUGAGGAACAGCCCUUUCCUCUCUCCCAAAGUGUUCAUUCACACGCAGAGCGUCACCUACUCCAGAAGCCCUGCAGCCAAUCAGAAUCAUUCCCCGGCGUCCAGGGGGUUUGACGCGAAGGAAGACUCCGCCCUUCCUGUUCCCCCUCCCCGUCAGGAGUCCCUGACGCUCGGUCUGGACAAGCACGCAAACUCUUCCCGCCCGGGUCGCCCGCCGGACGAGGAGGAGGAGGACGAAGGGUUUGCGCGAGUCAGUCGCGCCGUCUCCGAAACCGUCGGCCCCGUCGAGGAAGAGGACGAAGGGGGCUACGGGUUUGCGCGUUACCCCCUCACCAGGAGCCUGCCCAAGCAGAUCAGGCUGAACUGCAGCCUGCCGCUCUCCGUGGCGACCGGCGCGGCCUUCGCGGCGGAGCGGUCGCCGAAGACGGCCCCGAGGAAACCGCAGAGGCACAGCCUGCCGGCGUCGGGGCCGCCGAGGAAGGAGCUGCCCGAGGAGGCCCCGGGGAGGAGGGCCGAGGGCGGCGGCUGCGGGAGGAGUCUGUCCCCCGCCCAGGAGGAGGAGGACGAGGGAAUGUGCACAGAGGAGAGCGACGCCCCCGCAAGAGAGUUCCCGUCGCCCCCCGCGGAAAAAGCGCCGCGGCGGUUCACCCGGACCAUCGCGCCGUUUUUCGGGAAGCAGACGUCGAGGAACGGCAGCCCCGGCGACGCGCGGCGCGAGUCGCCCGGGCCGACCCCGGGGAAGCCGAGGGCCAAGUCCUUCUCGGCGGCCGACCUGCUGCGCGCCGACGGCCAGAAGAGGAGCUCUUUCCGGAAGCUUCUGGAGUUGAAGCUGUCGGUGAAGAUGCUGCCCAAGCUGCUGGCCAAGGGCAGCCAGACUCUGGACUGCACGUCCGUGGUGGAAACGGAGCAGUCCGUGGACGGGGAGUGGGUCCCGGACGACCGGGCGGAGCCGCCCGCCGGCCCGCUGCCCAACGGGGAGUGCGCGACCCCCUACGACCUGCCGGCCGGCCGGCGGAAGAUGUCGUGCCCGCUGAUCGGCCGCGAGCAGAGCGUGGACGGGGACGAGUACGGGCCCGGCGCGGAGUACGAGAACCUGCCGUUCUACGAGGAGAUCCCCGAGUACAUGAACCUGCCCCUGCUUAACGCCACGCACCUGGGCUGGCAGAACUCCUCCAGCCUGGAGGACGGGGACGAGGACAUCUACGAGGAGCAGGCGCCCUACGAUUUUCGGAAGAGGGGCAGCCACGAGGAGGACCAGCCCUCAGGGAGCGAAGCGAUGAUUGACAGCUCCGAAGAGGAGGACGACGACGCCGCGAGCUCCGCCUCCAGCAAGGGCGAACCGGAACCCUCCGGCGACCGCCAGCAUGAAAUCCAAGCGAAAAAGGACAAGGUGGUUCACAUCGCCAAGGAGAUCAUGAGCUCUGAGAAAGUGUUUGUGGAUGUUUUGAAGCUUCUCCACAUCGAUUUUCGGGACGCGGUGGCGAAAGCGUCCCGGCAGAGCGGCAAGCCGGUGGUGGAGGAGCGGGUCCUGAACCAGAUCCUGUACUACCUGCCCCAGCUGUACGAGCUCAACCGGGACCUCCUGCGGGAGCUGGAGGAGAGGGUGGCCCGCUGGGACGAUCAGCAGUGCCUGGCGGACAUCUUUGUGACGAAGGGGCCGUACCUGAAGAUGUACUCCACCUACAUCCGCGAGUUCGACGGGAACGUGGCCCUGCUGGACGAGCAGUGCCGGAAGAACCCGGGCUUCGCCGCCGCCGUGCGCGACUUCGAGAUGAGUCCGCGCUGUGCCAACCUGGCUCUUAAGCACUACCUGCUGAAACCUGUCCAGAGGAUCCCGCAGUACCAGCUACUUCUCACAGAUUAUUUAAAAAAGCUCCCUGAAGACUCCUCGGAUUACAAAGACACGCAAGCUGCUCUCUCCAUAGUGAAGGAGGUGGCCAACCAUGCCAAUGACAUCAUGAAACAGGGGGAUAACUUCCAGAAGCUGAUGCAGAUCCAGUACAGUCUGAACGGGCACCACGAGAUCGUCCAGCCCGGGAGGGUGUUCCUGAAGGAGGGCGUUCUCAAGAAGCUGUCCCGGAAGGUCAUGCAGCCGCGAAUGUUCUUCCUGUUUAACGAUGCUUUGCUGUACACCACCCCAGUCCAGUCGGGCCAGUUUAAACUCAACAACAUGCUGUCCCUGGCAGGGAUGAAGGUGAGCAAGCCCAGCCAGGAGGCGUACCAGAACGAGCUGAACAUCGAGAGCGUUGAGCGCUCCUUCAUUCUGUCCGCCAGUUCUGCCACGGAGCGAGACGAGUGGCUGGAGGCCAUCUCCAGGGCCAUCGAAGACCACACCAGGAAGAAGAUCACCUUCUACCACAGCAAGAGCCAGGAAGAGGCGGGCGGGGUCGGGUUGGACAGCGGGGCCCCCCUGGGCUCCAAGGCCCCCAUUUGGAUCCCGGACCUGCGGGCCACCAUGUGCAUGAUCUGCACCUGCGAGUUCACCCUCACCUGGAGGCGGCAUCACUGCCGGGCCUGCGGCAAGGUGGUGUGCCAGGCCUGCUCCACACACAAGCACUACCUGGAGUACCUGAAGAACCAGCCGGCCCGAGUGUGUGACCACUGCUUCGUGAAGCUCCAGCGCAAGAGUGACCAGGUAGACUCUUCCCCUAGUGGGAGGUCCACUGGGACCUUCUCGUCCGUCCUCAUCAACUCCAGGAAGCAGAAGAAGAUCCCGGCUGCACUGAAAGAGGUAUCGGCGAAUACGGAGAACUCAUCCAUAAGCGGAUACUUGCUAAGGUCAAAGGGCAACAAGAAACAGUGGAAGAAGCUGUGGUUUGUCAUCAAGAACAAAGUUCUGUACACAUACGCCGCCAGCGAGGAUGUAGCAGCGCUGGAGAGCCAGCCGUUGCUCGGGUUCUUCCUCAGGGAAGAGAAGUCGGGGGAGGCGCAGAAACUGCAGUUCAAGCUGUACCACAAAAACACGCUCUUCUACAUCUUCAAGGCUGAGGAUGUACAGACAGCCCGGAGAUGGAUUUAUGCUUUCCAGGAAGCCAUGGUCCUUUGAGUCUCCUUUCCCUCCACCCUCAAGCUCUACACUGAUCCCUCGGUGAAAACCUGUAGUGAUGCAGCAGCCAUCUUGGCUCCUGAGUUUCCUUCUGUCCCAGGAUGGUACUGUAGGACCUAAAAGCCUCAUCGUUCACAGAGGCUUCCCUGUGCCUCCAUAGACCCAAACAUUGAACGUACAGAAAGGGCGUCGACAACGCAAAAAUAACGACCAUCUGUGGGAAUGGAAAAAUGAGCGGUGCGUUGAAUCUUGACCGUCAGGCGUUGCUUCACCACAAGAGGGCGCUGGUGUUGAGGCGCUGCAGUGCAGCAUGUUUUACAGGGAGCCAGAAACGGCCUUGUCCUCGCCACCGCGCCCCCUGGAGCUGGUUACUAAGGAGGCGCUUGCGGCGUGAGACUUGUUGCCGAGGUCAGAGGCGUAAGGAGCGCGCCACGGCCAUGUGGCGUUUGGGGGCGGAGCCACGGUCCCCCUCCGGGCCGCAUUGCACUGCGCGAGAUCUUCAUCUCAACUGUGAAGUCGUCGGAGAGGAAAUGCACUUUCUCCGGCUUUUCCUUGAAUGGAACGUUUUUGUUUUCGUUUUUUUUUUUUUUUUUUUUUAAAGGAAAGUUUUUAAACCUCCUAUUUGAAGUCUAAACCUUUUAUUUUUAAUGUUUUGUUUGGAGGACUUAAAGCAGGACUUUUAAAAAAAUGGAUAAUGCCAUGUACUGGGACAACUGGAAAUGGUUCAUAUGUGUACAGAAAAAUAUGUCCACGUGCAAUAGAGCACAAAGAUAUUUAAGCGUUUGUGUUGGGCGAUACUGCACAAUCAAUACUGUUCACUUCUUGUUACAAUGCCCACUUUAAAUCAGUCUGUGUAGAUCAGUGUAGUCAGUCUAAAUGUUUACAUGUGGUAGAAUUAGAAUUUUGAAUAGUUACUGCAGUUCACAAGUGCUGAAUCGAAGGUGAUUCGUGUUUUAAUGCAUUUUGAGUGGUUUACGGAAACGAAUGAAGUUCUUUUUCAGAGCCAAUGUUCAAGUCUGAAGGGCUCUCUGGAGAACCUGGAAGAUGUCCAAAUUAGAUUCUAUGAAUAGGAUGCCAGCCCAUAGAAAUAUUACCCAUAAUCCAUCUCUUCGUUGCUUUAAAAUUAGCAGAGAGGUAAUGUAUUCCAGUUUGUAAGAUGCCUUUUCUUGUCAUCUGAAGUUUCAUUGCUUUAAAGCACAAUUUGUCAUUGAAAUUGAAUUACUUGUUUGUUUGGGAGCAUUGCAAAUACUUUUUGAGUACUUGCUCUAGGGUUUUCCUGGAACACAAUAUCUUUGCCUACGAGAUGCCUGUAAGGCUUACUGAAUCCCAGUUUGGGUUGCCUCAUUUAGUAUCGUCUUCCGCAAGUCACAGGAAGUGACAGCACAUUUGUCGCAUCCUGUAUCUGAACGGGGUUCUCAGAAAUGUGUAGGGACCACCCCUCAAAUGUUUAUAGCCCACAAUGUUGUUCAAUACACACAGGUCACAGAGGUAUUUAAAUGUUCCUUGGUAUAAACCUAUUUUCCGGCUUUCACAUUGAGUUGGCCUCAAAAACAGAGCAGGGAUGUAAUAAUCCAUGGUUUAUUUAUAUUGAAUUUUAUAAAGUUUACAUUAUAUAUUUGCGUUUAAUUGGUCUGGUCACCAUAGCUUGCACUGCCUUGUUGGAGAAAGGGGUUCAUGGGAAAUGUAGUUUAUUGUAAAGUGAGGGGGGAACACCGGAGGAGCGCCACUGUUUGUUCAGUGUCACAUUUACAGAACUGUUUACGUGUUUCGACAGAUUAAUGUAUAAAGCACAAACUUUAAUUAAAUUGUUUUAAUGUCUUGUGUUUUCUUGA